CAUAGGUAAUAUACAGGGUAAUAUAAACCUAUCGUUAUUUCAUAGUUUUAAGUAUGGAGUGAUAUUUAAAGUCACUGAUUUGUUCACAACUCAAAUCUGGCCAGAUGGACAUAAUGUAAAGAACCGGGCGGCAGGUCUUCUGGCAUCCAGUAGGGGGAAUCGACUCCUCAUGCGAGUUGCUACCUUCCUGCCUCUCUGCCUGCUGUCCCCGUCUCCCAUCCACCCGCUCUUCUCUCUGGCUGUGAAAAUACUGCAGCCUCCUGGCUUGUGUCUGGAUCUCUCCCUCACACGAAGGCAACACAAGUCCCUCCUAUCGGCUGUGGAAGGAGGAGGCAGUCUGCUCACAGUACAGGACGAGCCCCCUUUACUCCCCUGUCACAGCUUGGAGGAGAAGAAAGAGAGCGAGAGGCUGCUGGGAGGAGUGACCGAGAGCAAGGCAGACGAAGAAAUAAGGAACACAUUUCAGAAGAGCAGGAAAAGGGAGGAUCGCAGACGGGAGACUCUAGGCUUUUCUGUCUGUUUGGCACCUGGGACACUGUCGUUGUGCUUCUCUUUACAAAUUUUUCCCCCCUACCUCUCUUUUUUUUCCCUUCUCAGUACCGUAGCAAUCAGGGUGCUAGGAUUGUUUUUGUGUUGUCCACUCUGCACCGGCUGAAACGGUACACACCGAGAUUGCUUCGGUCCGCCCCUGCUCUGCCGGACUCUCACGUUCCAAUUCUGCCUCUUCCAAAAGUGCAUCUGUCAGCGCACCACUGAGGAUAUCUCCUGUGUCCGAUAGCACAACAUAGAGCUGCUGGGAUAUCUGACUACAGACGAGAGAGAGAAACAACGACAAAACAGAGGGAGAGAGAGAGCAGCCACAGAUAGAGAGAGGCACAUACAGAGAGUGUGCGAGAGAUUGAAGCUGAGAAGCGAGGUUGGCUAAAUCGAGACAGCUUCAAUAGAGAAGUGAUCUAUCUGUACCCCCCAACCUUUUUUCCUAUCUCUCUUCCUCUCGUAUACUCUCCUGUUCCGGCAAUUUGUUUGUAGGACUGCCACCUGCUCCUUCUCGUCUUCCUCCUCAUCCUCCUCAUCCAUCUCUCCUUCAGCCCUUACCCGUGUAAUAUCCAACACCAGCCACCGAGGAACCGAAAGGAUACACAGCAUUGACCUUUUUUAACACUCGUGGGGAAUAUUUUCAGAGAGGACUUACCGUGCUCCGCUCUGGGAGACUGAACCUAGAAAGGCAUCAUUGGACAGGAGCUUCCCGCACAGAGGCCACCCCUCUCACAGCCACUCUCCUCCAAACGGACCCUUGACUUGCUCUCUGGAGAACCAGCAGUGACACAAUCCACCGGCGUGGACGGGGGAAAACCAAAGGAACGUACGGCCAGAGAGAGCCAAGCUCCCCCCCUCCCGCCCCCACCGGUACCACCGUCACUCGUCUGCCCGCCUCCGCGCAACCAUUCCCUGCCACGGCGCUAAGGAUUCCAGCUACAUGGGAAAGCGAUUGGAACAGCAACCAAUGUACCCCCAGUACACAUACUACUAUCCCCACUAUCUCCAGACCAAGCAGCCCUAUGCUCCACCCCCCCACCCCAUGGCUCCGCCCAGCCCCAGCACAAACAGCUGCAGUCACAGCGGAGCGGAGCAACUGAGUAAAACCAACCUGUACAUCCGAGGCUUGCCCCCCGGGACCACGGACCAGGAUCUCAUCAAGCUCUGCCAACCAUAUGGAAAAAUAGUGUCCACCAAGGCAAUCCUGGACAAGAACACCAACCAGUGCAAAGGGUAUGGCUUUGUGGACUUCGACAGCCCAGCCGCAGCACAGAAGGCAGUGUCCUCUCUCAAAGCCACCGGAGUGCAGGCUCAAAUGGCCAAGCAACAGGAGCAGGACCCUACUAACCUGUACAUCUCCAACCUGCCUGUGUCCAUGGAUGAGCAGGAACUGGAGAACAUGCUGAAGCCCUUUGGCCACGUCAUCUCCACACGGAUACUGAGGGACGCCAACGGGGUCAGCAGAGGUGUCGGCUUUGCCAGGAUGGAGUCCACUGAGAAAUGUGAAGUGGUGAUACAGCAUUUCAAUGGGAAAUACCUGAAAACCCUACCAGGCAUUCCAGCGCCCAACGAGCCUUUGCUGUGCAAAUUCGCCGAUGGCGGGCAGAAGAAACGCCAGAGCCAGAGCAAGUACCCGCAGAACGGGCGGCCGUGGCACAGGGAAGGCGAGACUGGAAUGGCGUUAACAUAUGAUCCAGCUGCUAUGCAGAACGGGUUCUACUCUUCGCCUUAUAGUAUCGCCACCAACCGCAUGAUCGCGCAGACGUCCAUCACGCCCUUCAUCGCUGCUUCUCCUGUCUCCACAUAUCAGGUCCAGAGUACAUCAUGGAUGCCUCAUCAACAAUAUGUUAUGCAACCCACAGGUGCAGUGAUCACGCCAGCCAUGGACCACACUAUGUCCAUGCAGCCAGCCAGCAUGAUGGGCCCGCUCUCCCAGCAGAUGAACCAUCUGUCCCUGGGCACAACAGGAAGUUACAUGACCGCUGCGGCUGCCGGGGCGCCUAUGCAAGGGACCUACAUUCCUCAGUACACUCCUGUGCCUCAAACAGCAGUCCCUGUCGAAGUAAGUCACCCACGCGCCCACCUACACACUAAUGGGUUCCCCCACACUCACGCUGCUAUAAAGAGUUUGCCUCCACGACUUUCACCCGCACACACAAACACUGACACCGCAAAACAAAAAAAAAGAAGACAAAAAAGAAAACGCCGGGCUCUCGGCACACGUCUUCGCCCCGCCGCUGUUGAGCCUGCCGAGCGUGCAGGUCGGAGCGGGAGGGGGCCCGCCCUGAGGAAUGAUGAGUGUGGUAGCGUGCUGUCUGGAGGGCUGACAGCGCCGGCCCAUUCAGAUGGACUAUCAGUCCCGUAUCAGAUGACAGGCGCUGAAGUGAGACACACCGCCAGCGGUGCUGUCCCUCUCCCGGACCCGUGCAGUUCAACACGCGCAUCCCUCAGCCCCAGGCCUCUGGUUAGUGAGCGGCCGCCCCGCUGACAAGGCUCCCAACGGCGCCAUCCGUCUCCCCCCAGCUCCGCAGCGGAAAAAUGGUUGACGGCCACCCUUCGCGAAGCCAACGUCUAGGGAGAGACGGGCUCAGAUUCGGAAAACAGAGUGUUAGCCCAGGGCUUCUCCUGUCGUUUCUCUCGUCUAGUCCAACCUCACUGCCACCCGUCAACUGGGGAGGAUAUAUUUAGGUAACCUCCUUGCGAUGUUGGGAUGAGAUGAAACUGCAAUGCCGACGAUCUGUGAGGUUAGGGCCCAAAUCCCAAAAAUGUCCUAAAAACCCAACUGGGGGAUUCCAGAUGCCCUGCUAACGAAGCUUAGCCAAGGUAAGAGCUUGUCAGUUCACUGUUAGCUUGACAUGGAUGGAGCCGUCCAUGAGGUGCAUUUUGGAUUUCAAUACGUGUGCUGUCAAUUGCGGAGGUCUCGAGUGCAAGCCAGGUAUUGCCCGUAUUGGGGUUGGCACUCGCUAAGCAAACGCAUUUCCACCCAAUGUUUUCAGAAUAACAGGGAAAGUUUAAAGGGAAUUGAAACCCUUAGAAUUGAAAAAAAUACUUAUCCUCUUAUCCUGUCAUAUGGCCUUGUGACUCUAAAACUAGUUAUUGAAAGGCUACAAUUACUCAAAUCAUUGAUAUAAAAUACUAUACAAAUAUGAAGGUUUAGAUAGAUUGGAAUAGCUCGGUAUAACUGCAGAAACAUACAGCACGAUAAAUGUGAUUACAUUUACAGUUACAUUGGCCAUGUUCCAGAAGCUUAAAGCCACAGUGUUCAAUGGGUAAACUGACUGAGGAAUCUACAAAUAAAAACAACAUAACGACGUUAAUGUAAUUCGCCAUACAAGGUCAUUUGCAGAUAACUCGGCCAUUGAGCACACGGAAGAUGAUGUCACUUCCAGUUGCCUCACACCCACUUCCUGUCU